AGGCUCAAACCACCUGUGUGGCAGUGGAGCUCUCGCAAAUUUCAGCGUGUGAACGCAAGCCGGCUAGUGCCCCAUCAAAAAUGCUCAGCCCGCGCGCAAGUCUUCAAGAAGGUAAAGCGGCUUUCGCCGAGCAGAAGAAGGGCAAAAGGGUGCGUUCCAAUUCGGACUGGCUGAGCUCGGCCCCAACGCGAUGCCCAACAACAGAGCUACUCGCCUUCGGCGACGACCAAGACGCCGACGUUCACAAGGAGAGCUGGGGCACCACCGCGCUGCCGAGGGAUGGCGAUGAGCCGGCGCUCUUCGAGACAACGCUUCUCCAGGCGGUGCCCUUCGGGAAGGGGCGCCCCCAGAUGUGGUGUGCGAUGCCGGCGCCGAAGGUGGCCCCGCUCAGGCGCCUCCGGUCCGAGGCGUUCUGGGAGCGGAAGGCGGCUGCAAUCCGGCGGCCGGCAUGCUCGCCGUGGGAGGUGGGCGUGAGGCAGUGCCGCCCGUGCCUCGACGAGCGCGACUGCUUCGGGCCAGCGGCGGUCGUGGGGCCGGCAGCAGCAGGCGCCGAGGGCGACGGCGCGGGGGGCAGCCCCAACAGCUGGGCGGGCGCCAUCUCCAGGGAGUUGCGCCGCGGGGCGCGCGGGCCCGUUGCGACGACAGCCCGGCCGCAGCGCUCGGGGCCGCUUUGAAGAUGCGUCUGGCGGGUCGUACCAUUCCAGACCUCCUACGGUCUGAGUAGAUGGGGUCGGAGGAUCGCCCCGCAUCGCCGAUGCAUCGGCG